AACCUAUGACGAUGUUACGACUACCGGUUUCGAGCAAAGUCUUAUAUUUGAGAACUUGGACGCGCUCGAAGAGUUCGAGCUGCUUUAUAAGGAGCACGUUCUUAGACUAUUUCGUGGGAAAACACAGUCAUAAAUAUGUAAAAUCCAGUUCUGUUGUACCUCUGUACGAUGCUUCUGUGCCGUUUGUUAAUGCUGGAAUGAACCAGUUCAAAGGUAUAUUUCUUGGUAAAGUGGAUCCCCCAUAUCCUAGAGCUGUAAACUCUCAGAAAUGUGUACGAGUGGGAGGCAAGCAUAAUGACCUGGAUGUAGUUGGAACUGAUGGACAUCACCAUACAUUUUUUGAGAUGCUUGGCAACUGGUCUUUUGGGGAUUAUUAUAAGAACGAAGCCUGUCAAAUGGCUUGGGAUCUACUUCUCGGUCCAUAUAGGUUGAAACCUGAGGAUCUAGUGGUAACCUACUUCCAAGGUGAUGCGAUCAUGGGCCUAACAGAGGACACGGAGUGCAGGGACAUUUGGAAGAAAAUUGGAGUCCCUGAAAGUCGUUUACGAGCGUUGACAGCAACGGACAACUUCUGGGAGAUGGGCGCGAGUGGCCCAUGUGGGCCCUGCACAGAGAUACACUAUAUCAAUAAGGAUGGAUCCCUAACUGAGAUCUGGAACCUUGUCUUCAUACAGUUUAAUAGAGACGUGAAUGGCAAAGUACACGCGCUGCGACGCAAUCACGUGGACACGGGCAUGGGGCUCGAGCGAAUGGCGGCUUUACUUCAAGGCGUUCCGUCUAACUACGAUACAGAUCUCUUCCAACCUAUUAUUAAAGCCAUUGAAAAGAACAGUAAAGGUGUGAACAAAUACAGCGGCCGGUACGGCGCGGACGCCGCCCUCAAUGAAGCCUACCGAAGACUAGCGGACCAUUCGCGAAUGAUCAGCGUUUGUUUAGCUGACGGCGUAUUUCCGGCUACAAGCCUAAAUCUGAAGCAAAUACUUAGAAAAACCUUCAAAAUAUCUUCGGACGUAUUCCAUAACCCAAAAUUACUGCCAAUACUAUAUGACGAAGUCGCUGCUACGUUGGGCGCAACAUAUCCAGAACUAAUAGAGAAAGAAAAAGACGCCAAAACCAUUUUGGAACAUGAAUCGGAGGCCUAUGCAAAGAUGAGAUCAAAUCUUGUGAAGAAAUGGAAGGAUCUGGCCAAGCAGUAUCCGGAAGUUGAAGCUCUAAGUGACAUCGAGACGGCUGGGUUUGCUUUAGGGUAUAAAGAGUUUAAAGAGACAAUGGCGAAACAAAACUCUAACAUACUUCCAGGAGAUUUAGUCUUCAAGCUAUAUGACACUCACGGCUUCCAAGAAGAUGUCAUACAACGAAUAGCAACAUUGAAUCAAUUAGAAAUAGAUAGACAAGGCUUCUGGAAACUUCUAGCUGAUCAUAAAGCAAGGCAUAAAACUGCAUUAAGGGAACAAAGCUCAGAUAAAGGAUUAUUGUUUGAUAAAUGCAUACAACGACUUAUAGAGAACCGUUACAAAUCUACAAAUGAUAAACCAAAGUAUGAUUAUGUUUUCAAAAAUAAUAAAAUUGAGUUUAAGCUAUUGGAAACACAGAUAGUUGCAAUUCUUAAUUCUGAUCUAGAGUGGUUGGAUUUUCUACAACCAAAUGAAACAAGAACUUAUUUCAUAGUGACAAAAGACACAAAUUUCUACUGCGAAGAAGGGGGACAGGUCGCCGAUACGGGUACAAUGGAGAUCAAUAAAGAUGUUACUUUUAACAUUGAAUCUGCGUUCAAAAUUAGGGAUUUCGUGUUCCACAAGGGUAAAUUUAGUGUUGUACCAUUCUGUGAAACAGCUGUAAACAAUAAAAACAAUGUUGUGUUAGCUAUUAAUGAAGAAAGAAGACUGAAUAUUAUGAGGAAUCAUACUGCAGUUCAUUUGAUGAACGCUGCCAUUAGAAAAACUCUGCCACAUAGUGUAGUGUGUCAAAUAGGUUCAAGUGUAACAGACAAAGGACUGUAUUUAAAUUUGUCAGUUUACGGUGAGAAGUUGUCCCAGAAAGUUAUUUUGGAUGCUCAAAAAUUAGUUAGGCAAUCAAUUGAGUCACACUCUCCUGUGGAGACUAGAGUAAUAGACUGUGUGCAGUUAUCCAACGAGCCAGAUGUGCUUCUGAUUCCUGGGGAGAUAUACCCUGAGACUGGGCUCCGGUUGAUCACAGUUGAUCUGCCGCUUGUGUCAAAAGAGCUAUGUUGCGGCACUCACGUACCAAGUACAGGUGUGAUCGGCGAGUUCUGUGUAACGCUAGUCAAAGGCGCGCGUGGCCACACGCCCACCAUACAUGCGCUUACUGGAGAUAGAGCCACAGAGGCCCGCGAACUCUUUUGCAGAGCACAACAACUGGAACAUGUAAUAGAGCUGAUCGAGCCGGAACCCAAGAAGCGGGAGAUAGCAAGUAUCCGGAGCCAGCUGGCGGAAGUGUGCGGCACCGGCGGCGCACCCUACGCCGAUUACGCUCAGUGCCUUGCCCUCUUGGACAGUUUGCAGAAGAGAGCGGUUAAUAAGAAUGAAAUGGCGCUACAGGCAAUAGCAGAACAAGAGAUUCGUGAAGCGUCAGCGGAAGCAGCCCGAAGCGGCCGCAGAUUCAUAGUGCACUUCCUGCGUUGCUCAUAUCUGAUGCAGAGUGAAAGUGUGACCAAAAUCUUGGCGGGGUGUCCCAUUUCCGGACCGGCACUGGUGAUUGGCUGUGCAGGUGGGGUCAUUGUAGCCUCCUGCAGGGUACCACAGGAUAUGGUAAGCUCGACGUUCGACGCCCCGCGGUGGCUGAGCUGCGUGCUGCCAGUGUUUCAAGCUCAGUUGCUGCCGCCAGUCGACGGACUGUCGCCGUCCACGCAAGCCGAAAUGGCCGCCACUAAGGUAUAUUUCUUUUUUUUGUAAUAUCAAGUGACGGGACG